UCAUGUAUGUCAUUGAGACAAAAAAAAAUCGAGGUAAAAAAUUAGAAAAAAAGGCAAAAAAGACCAAAGCGUUAAAAGUGGUCGAGAAGAAACCGAAUCUGCUGGAGGAUCCCAGCAAAUUGUUGACACCGAGUUGGUUCUGGAACCAAUAUAUAAACAAGCAGAAUGUUCCGCCUCCCGUGACGCGUCCCCUGCUGAAGGUCGCCGAUCCCCAGUUGAACUCGCCCGUUUCGAAUAGCUCCAAACUCGAAGUUCUGGACGAAAGUGGCGCUGCGGCUGUCAAAUCGGUCUGCGGCGAUAUAGGGCCGUGUCCUCCGCCACCGGUAUUGAUUAAGAAUCGCCGGAGUCCCGAUUUCGCAGAUAUUUUAACGAUUUCGCGGCAAAGACGUCUUCGAACUGCGGGCCAAGCCCUGAGUAUUGAGGAGUUUCUGACCAAAAAGGAGGAAAAAGCGGAGGUUGCACAGCCAGAGGCCACAACUGCUAUUGAGAAAUCCGAGGAAAAUCCCGAAGUUCCGAGUCCUGUACCUCCUGUUUUGGAAACCGGUGUUACCGACGGGGUCACCGAUGGGGUCACCAAAGAGGUCCCCAAAGAGGUCACCAAAGGGGCCACCAAAAGGUUCACCGCCCGUGAUUUUGAGGUUGUUUUUAAGCCGGAAAGUCUAGACGAUCGAAGUCUGAAAUUAUCCAGUGCCGAGAUCAUCUGUAACAAAGCAGAUCGCAAGUUGACCAACUGUGAUGUCCUAUCGGAGACGAUCAGGAACUGCUGGCACGACGACCUGGAGAUCCAGAUUGAGUCGAGGUUCUACUACGUGGACCGCCAGCUGUUCACCUACUUUGCCCGCAAUUUCCGCGGCUGCUCGAAUUCCUUUCUGCAGAUCCCCGCGGAGAAGGUGCCGAUGCGCCUGCUGGUCCGCAUCUACGAAUGGAUGCUGGGAUGCGAGGACGAGAGCUUUCCCAUUGGCAACGAGCUGAUACCCUUCUUCGCGGCGGCCAAGUUCCUCGGGGUGCAGAGGCUGAUGGGGCAGUACUGGGGCACAUUCUCGCGGCGCGGCGACCGCACCUGCUGGGAGCUGAACGCCUUUCACACCUUCCUGAUGGCCCGCGAGUACCGCUGCCCGGAGAUCAUGACCGUGAUGCUGGGCCGCGUGCGCAAGGCCUUCCUGCCCGUGGUGGCCUCCCGCGAGUUCCUCGAGAUGGAUGCCAACGAGGUGGCCUGCCUGCUCUCCCAGGACAUGCUGUGCGUCAAUAGCGAGGACGAAGUCUUCUUUGCCGCCUUCUAUUGGCUGGACUUCGCCUGGGCGGAACGCAAGAAGCACGCGGUUGGGGUGAUGAGCCAAGUCCGGUUCGCCCUGGUGUCACCCUGGUUGCGACGAUCCAUCACCAACAUCGCGGAAAGCAAUCGCAUCAGCGAGAUUGCCAAGCUGCAAGAGGUGAAAGACUUGAUUUGGGAGGGCACCCAAUACAUUACUGCCCUCAUGGCGUUCAGAAAUAGAAAGACCCAUGAGGGUGACGAAAUUAAGGAUAUUUUGGAGCCGUUCAGACACAAAAGGGUUGCCGAACGAUUUUACACCUUCUGCGUUGGUGUGCCGCACCAUCAUGACUCGAGAUGUUCGCGCUAUCGCGAACUGACCUUCGAGAGCUUCAAGCGAUUCCUGCACCGCCUCCAUUCGCAUGGCCAGCAGUUUAUGGACGACCUGAAGUUGGUGCCGAAUAAGCACAGGAUCCCGUACCGCUGUUGCAUCGACAUCAAGCCUCGUCCUUUUCGCAUUCGCAAUUGUCCCACGCCGUCCUUCUACACAAAGAUGGCUCCCUGCUGGAAGCGAGAAGUUCCCGAAUAA